AUUUCCCUCCCUGCCAAAUUGUGCUCCCCGCCCGCCCCCGGGAAGGUUCUGGGCGUGCGCGGUGCAUUGUGGGGGGGCCGGGAGCGAGCAGCCGCCGCGAUGAUGCCCACUCCGGUUAUCCUGCUCAAGGAGGGCACGGACACCUCGCAGGGCAUCCCGCAGCUGGUGAGCAACAUCAACGCGUGCCAGGUGAUCGCCGAGGCCGUGCGCACCACGCUGGGCCCGCGCGGCAUGGACAAGCUCAUCGUGGAUGAUCGGGGCAAAGCCACCAUCUCCAACGACGGGGCCACCAUCCUGAAGCUGCUGGACGUCGUCCAUCCGGCCGCCAAGACCUUGGUGGACAUCGCCAAGUCCCAGGAUGCAGAGGUGGGUGAUGGCACCACGUCUGUGACCCUGCUGGCUGCUGAGUUCCUGAAGCAGGUGAAGCCCUACGUGGAGGAGGGGCUCCAUCCCCAGAUCAUCAUCCGCGCCUUCCGCACGGCCACGCAGCUGGCUGUGAACAAGAUCAAAGACAUCGCUGUCUCUGUGAAGAAGGAGGAUAAAGAUGAGCAGAGGAGUCUCCUGGAAAAGUGUGCAGCCACAGCCCUGAGCUCCAAGCUGAUCUCCCAGAGCAAGGAGUUCUUCUCCAAGAUGGUUGUGGAUGCUGUGAUGAUGUUGGAUGACUUGUUACAGCUCAAGAUGAUUGGGAUAAAGAAGGUGCAAGGAGGAGCUUUGGAAGACUCACAGCUGGUGGCUGGAGUUGCCUUUAAGAAAACCUUCUCCUAUGCUGGGUUUGAGAUGCAGCCCAAGAAGUACCAGUCCCCCAAAAUCGCCCUGCUCAACGUGGAGCUGGAGCUGAAAGCUGAGAAGGACAAUGCUGAGAUCAGAGUGAACACAGUGGAGGAUUACCAGGCCAUCGUGGAUGCAGAGUGGAACAUCCUGUAUGACAAACUGGACAAAAUCCACAAGUCAGGAGCCAAGGUGGUGCUGUCCAAGCUCCCCAUUGGGGACGUGGCCACCCAGUACUUUGCAGACAGGGACAUGUUCUGUGCUGGCCGUGUCCCAGAGGAGGAUCUCAAGAGGACCAUGAUGGCCUGUGGGGGAUCCAUCCAGACCAGUGUCAAUGCCCUGUCAGAUGAUGUGCUGGGCCGCUGUGAGCUCUUUGAGGAGACCCAGAUUGGGGGAGAGAGGUACAACUUGUUCACGGGCUGCCCCAAGGCCAAGACGUGCACCAUCAUCCUGCGCGGGGGCGCCGAGCAGUUCAUGGAGGAGACGGAGCGCUCGCUGCACGACGCCAUCAUGAUCGUCAGGAGAGCCAUCAAGAACGACUCGGUGGUGGCAGGCGGCGGGGCCAUCGAGAUGGAGCUCUCCAAGUACCUGCGGGACUACUCGCGCACCAUCCCGGGCAAGCAGCAGCUGCUGAUCGGCGCCUACGCCAAGGCCCUGGAGAUCAUCCCGCGGCAGCUCUGCGACAACGCCGGCUUCGACGCCACCAACAUCCUCAACAAGCUGCGGGCCAAGCACGCACAGGGCGGGAUGUGGUACGGCGUGGACGUGACCAACGAGGACAUCGCUGACAAUUUCUCGGCGUGCGUGUGGGAGCCGGCCGUGGUGCGGAUCAACGCGCUGACGGCCGCCUCGGAGGCCGCGUGCCUGAUCGUGUCCGUGGACGAGACCAUCCGCAACCCCCGCUCCAGCGUGGAGGGAGCGCCCGGCGCUGCGCGGGGCCGCGGCCGCACCCGGCCCCACAACCACUGAGGGUGUCCUUCGUUAAACACCAUGGUAAUUAGUGACAGUCCUGCCUGGGGUCUGUCAGAGCUGCUCCUGCCCCAGCCCAGCCCAGCCCAGCCCGGCCCCACAGCCACUGAGGGUGUCCUUCGUUAAACCUGCGGUAAUUAGUGACAGUCCUGCCUGGGGUCUGUCACAGGCUGCCUCUGCCCACACCCGGCCCCACAACCACUGAGGGUGUCCUUCGUUAAACCUGCGGUAAUUAGUGACAGUCCUGCCUGGGGUCUGUCAGAGCUGCUCCUGCCCCAGCCCAGCCCAGCCCAGCCCGGCCCCACAGCCACUGAGGGUGUCCUUCGUUAAACACCAUGGUAAUUAGUGACAGUCCUGCCUGGGGUCUGUCACAGGCUGCCUCUGCCCACAGCCCAGCCCAGCCCCACAACCACUGAGGGUGUCCUUCGUUAAACACCAUGGUAAUUAGUGACAGUCCUGACAGAGGCUGCUCCUGCCCCAGCCCAGCCCGGCCCCACAACCACUGAGGGUGUCCUUCGUUAAACCUGCGGUAAUUAGUGACAGUCCUGCCUGGGGUCUGUCAGAGCUGCUCCUGCCCCAGCCCAGCCCAGCCCAGCCCGGCCCCACAACCACUGAGGGCAUCCUUCGUUAAACCUGCGGUAAUUAGUGACAGUCCUGCCUGGGGUCUGUCACAGGCUGCCUCUGCCCACAGCCCAGCCCAGCCCAGCCCGGCCCCACAACCACUGAGGGCAUCCUUCGUUAAACCCCUGGUAAUUAAUGGCAGCCCUGUCUGGGUUUGGUCAGAGGCUGCUCCUGCCCCAGCCCAGCCCUACAGCCACUGAAGGAAUCCCUUCCUUAAACCCCUGGUAAUUAGUGCAGCCCUGGCUGGGUUUGGGCAGAGGCAGCUCCUGUCCACAGCCACUGAGGGCAUCCCUUCAUUAAACCCUUGGUAAUUAAUGACAGUCCCACCUGGGUUUGGGCAGAGGCUGCUCCUGCCCCAGGCCAGCCCCACAACCACUGAAGGAAUCUCUUCGUUAAACCCUUGGUAAUUAGUGUGGCACUGGCUGGAUUUGGGCAGAGGCUGCCCCUGCCCACAGCCACUGAGGGUCAUUCCUUCAUUAAACCCCUGGUAAUUAGUGUGGCACUGGCUGGAUUUGGGCAGAGGCAGCUCCUGUCCACAGCCACUGAGGGCAUCCCUUCGUUAAACACCGCAGUAAUCAGUGCAGCCCCGGCUGGGUUUGGGCAGAGGCAGCUCCUGGCCCUGCCCUGGGCAUUCCCUGGAGCAUUUCCCUGCUGGGGGCAGCAGCCAGCACAGGGAGGGGCUUUGGGCCUAUUUAUACUGGUUGUGUUUUGUUCUGCUGGGCACUCUGAGCCCAGGCUCACAAUAAAACCAGUUUGUCUCUGUGGCA